UGUCAACGUGCCUGUCGUUAUAUGUGCCAACAAGUCCGACCUCACUGGCGACGGCAAGACAGGUCAGGUCAUCGAGGAGGAAAUGUUGCCCAUAAUGGCCGAGUUUAAAGAGAUAGAUUCUUGUAUCCGAUCGAGCGCCAAAGAGCAACGGAACGUUAUCGAGGCCUUCUACCUGUGCCAGAAGGCUAUCAUCCAUCCCCUGGCACCUCUGUUCGAUCACAAGGAGGGUCAGCUAAAGCCGGCGUGUGUAGACGCUCUGCGGAGGGUCUUCUACCUUUCCGACAAGGAUCAGGACGGAUUCUUGAACGACAAGGAAAUGCAAGAAUUCCAAAUCAAAUCUUUUGGCAAGCCCCUGCUGCCGGAUGAGCUGGAGAAUAUCAAGCAGACUGUUGGCAAGACCAUUCCCGGAAAGACGGCUCCCGCCGCCCCAGGUACCCCGGAGAUGGGACUCGAUAUGCAGGGAUUCCUACAGUUAAACAAGCUGUAUGCGGAGAAGGGCCGUCACGAGACCAUAUGGUUCAUUCUGCGGAAACACCACUACACGGACAGCCUGAGCUUGGAAGACCACUUCCUGCACCCGCGAUUUGAUGUUCCCGAUUAUGCCUCGGCUGAGCUCAGCCCAGCCGGCUAUCGAUUCUUUAUGGAUCUAUUCCUGACAUUUGAUAAGGACAAUGAUGGUGGUCUGAACGACCAGGAGCUAGCCGCUCUGUUUGCCCCCACCCCGGAGUUGCCAUCUUCGUGGCAGGAGAGCUCGUUUCCGUCUACAACAGUCAGAAACGAGGCUGGACAUAUCACCCUUCAAGGCUGGUUGGCACAGUGGAGCAUGACUACAUUUUUAGAACCCAAGACUACACUGGAGUAUCUGGCAUACCUCGGGUUUGAAGCACCCAACGCGCGCGACCUCACAACGCCUGCACUAAAGUUAACGAAGCCGAGAAAGAGAAGACGCCGGCCCGGGAGAGUUGAGCGUAACGUGGUCCUCUGCUAUUUGCUUGGCUCUGGGGGAGCUGGCAAGUCGUCGCUUCUUGACGCAUUUCUCAAUCGCCCAUUUGAUCCGUUAUAUCGGCCGACAAUAAAACCUCGACGUGCCGUCAACAGUGUCGAGCUGCAGGGAGGAAAGCAGUGCUAUCUGAUUCUGGAGGAGCUUGGCGAGCUGGAACCUGCCAUUCUCGAGAACCAGGCUAAGCUUGACGCAUGCGACCUGAUUUGCUACACUUACGACUCGUCAGACCCCGACUCUUUUUCACACAUUGUCGACCUGCGCAAGCGCUUUCCGCAGCUCGACGAGCUGCCCGCCAUCUACACGGCGCUGAAAGCAGAUCGCGAUAAGACGACACAGCGCAGCGAACUGCAGCCUGACUCGUACGCUGCCGCUAUCAAUAUGAGCACCCCACUGCAUGUCAGCGUCACUUGGAAUAGUAUCAGUGAGCUCUUCGUCGCCCUCGCCGAAGCUGCCAUGAACCCCAGCAUCGCGUUCCCUAAGAGCGAAGACCCCCCAGAUCACACUAGUCUCUACAUGGCACUGGGCACAACAGCCUGCGCCGCCAUCGCUGCCUUUAUGAUCUGGCGGCGGUCGACGAGCGCGAUGUGAUAGGUUUUGUCUUUGAGAGCAGCGGAGGAAAGGCAAGACGGGAGUCGAGUUGGGGGUUCUGUUUUAUGGAUUUCCUUUGGAUGAAGAGAUAGGAUACGUAUCAGCCCCAAGUGGGUGUUGAUUCGAAGAGAGUUUGGAAAGCGGGACAGCAAGGGGGAAGCAGCAAUUUUUUUGACGGGAGUAGGAUUUUUCUGACAUGGUUUUGUUUGCUUUGGCGACGUGGUUGUUUUAAGUAACGGCCUCGCUCCCCCUUUUGCUUUUGCCCUCCUCCCCAGGGGGCGAAAUUAUGAUACCCACCUCAACUCAAGUCGCGCCAUACGGACGCAACACGCGUGCAAUCACCUUGGUUUUACGCAUUGCAAAUGCAAGAGUCUAGUAUUUAAUGUUGUCUUUUUAAUAACGAAAUUAUCCAGUAUAU